AUGACAAUUAAAAAGGAUAGUCUACUAGUAGAUGAAGACGAAAAGAAAUCAUUGGGUUCAUCAUCAUCUACUGCUGCUGCUAAAUCUAAACCUUCACCUAUACACAGAAUGUUAACAGAUGAAAAACGUCAAACUUCAUUAUCCACCAUCGUAGAUAAAGAAGCAUGUGGAGAAUAUAUAUUGAUUGAUAUUAUAGGAAAAGGUGGAUUUGGUGUUGUAUAUAAAGCAUUGCAUGCUACCAAGGGUUAUUUUUCAGCAAUUAAAAAGAUUAGAAUUACCAAGAGGAAAAAGGGUGAUCAACAACAGGCAGAAUCACAAUCAUCUUUAAUGGUUGAAAUUAAUUUAUUAAAGGUCCUAUCACAUCAUAAUAUAGUCCGUUACUAUGAUCAUAUACCAACCGUUUCUCAUUCUUAUAUUGUUAUGGAGUUUAUUGAAAAUGGAUCAUUAGAAAAGAUGAUCAAAAGACAUGGAUUAUUACCAGAAAGUUUGGUCAAUGUAUAUAUGGCUCAAGUUUUGGGUGGUUUGGAAUAUUUACAUCGUCAAGGUGUCAUUCAUAGAGAUAUUAAAGCUGCUAAUUUAUUAAUUAGUACUGAUGGUUCAAUUAAAUUGGCUGAUUUUGGUGUUGCAACCAAAGUAUCAGAUCUAAGUGCAGAUAAUCCAGAUGAUUCAUUUGCAGGAACACCAUAUUGGAUGGCACCUGAAGUUAUUCAAAUGCAAGGAGUAUCAACAGCAUGUGAUGUAUGGAGUCUUGGAUGUACUAUAAUAGAAUUAUUAACAGGUACACCACCUUAUUUUGGAUUGGCACCAGCAGCAGCAUUAUACAAGAUUGUUCAAGAGGAUCAUCCACCCAUACCGCAAGGUAUAUCGGCUGCAUUGAAAGAUUUUCUAUUACAAUGUUUUAAAAAGGAUGAAAAUAUGAGAAGCAGUGCCAAACAACUUUUAAAUCAUCCAUGGAUCAAAGCUGUCGUAAAGAACCCAGAUAACCAAGUCAAAAACCCAACCAUGGAAAUUCUAACCUAUAAUGCACAGCUACAGGAGGGAAUGGCAGUUUCACCACCAGAUAUUAUAAAUAGACCAAGAUCAAAACAAGGUCCAAUACCAAUACCAUCAACAAAUCAGAAUGGUAGCGGUAGUGGAAAAGGAGGAUCAUGGAUUUCAACUACACAUACACCAAAUUCAUCAUCCUUUUCACCACAACAACAAUCUUCAAAUAUAACGACUAUUGAAAAACAAACAACGUUUGGUAUGGUUUUUGAAAAGAAACCACAACCAAAUCUACAAAUUGCUACACCAAGACAAUCAUCAUCAAAAUUAUUACCAGAAGCUAAAAAAGAUCAAGAAAAACAACAAAUGACAAAUCAAUCGACAAAUCAAAAUCAAUCAACACCAUCACAACAACAACAACAAAAACAAGAGGCAAACAAAAUUAAUUUACAAAAAUAUGCAGACAAGUCUGAUGAUGAAGAGGAUGACAUGUUUGUAAUGGACAAGAAACCAUUGAAACAAAAAUUACAAAAAUAUGUGGAAAAUGAUGACGAUAGUGAUUCUGAUUUCUUUAAAUCCACUGCAUCAUUACCCAUUCCAGUUAAAAAGCCAGCCACCAUACCUUCACCAACACUUCAAUCAUUUAAAGAUGAUGAUCAAUUUGGAUUUAGUGAUGAAGAUGAAGUACCAAAGAAAUUAUCAAUCUCUUCUAGUAGUACUAGAAAACCAUCACCAUUACUUUCAUCGGCAUCACAAUUACGUUUAAAACUUCAAGUAAGAGAAUCAUCAGAAGAAUGGGAUAGUGAAAUUGAAGAUACUUUUGACUCUGUUUCGGCUGCAUGGAACGUAGAACAAGAUACUCUUAGAACGAUAAACAAUUUACAAGACAAACAAAAAGAACAAGUAACAAGAACCAUUGUAGAUUUAUUGGCUCAACUUUUGGUCUUGUCAAAUCAAUUACAAAAGAAAACAUCUGUAGAUUUAAAUACUAGUAUGGAAGCCAUUUCUUCUCUUUCAUUGGGAGGAGAAUCAAAUUUAAUUGAUAAAUUGAUUGAACUUUUCCAAAGAUUCCCAGAAGAAAGAAGAUUAUUGAUUAGUAAUGGUGAAGGUGGUAUUUACCUUCGUCUACCAUUGAUCACCAUGUUGGAGAUUCUCGAAAUUCCAGAUUGUCCACCAUCGUUGGUUCUAUCGAUUCUAUGUCUUAUCAAUGAGAGUAUGUGUGGCUCUACCACUGACCACGCAGUCAAUAGCGCACUACUCGAAACUGUCUGUAUAUUGAACGGUAUCCCCAUCAUUACCACUUUUGCGCACCGAAACCAUGCCGAGGCCAUCCGCGAACAAGUCUCCAAGUUUGUACAUCGUCUCUGUGUCUCGUCGUCCUAUAGUCUCAACAUGUUUAUUGCUGGUAGUCGGGGAUGCAAGGUGCUUGUCGAUCUUGUCGACUCUGACUAUUUCAACAGCUCUAAUCUUAUUCACAACGCACUCGAUUCCAUAUCGCAGAUUUUCAAGGUGCCCACUGCACUUCCCAAAACUUCACUCUGCCAUUUAUUUUCCCGCACUCAACUUUUACCCCGUAUAUCCAUUUUAUUACAUCAAAUCUUUAUCGCCAAUGAUCAAGAUACUCCACAACAACUUGAUCAAAAAACAAAAGUUAAAGGAAUCAAUCAAAUAGUAGCAGCAGUAGUACCAACAACAACAGGAGAGCUACCACCACCACCAAUAACAAAUAAUCAUUUGGCAAAUUCCAAAAAUUCAUCACCAAGUAAUAGUAGAGGAAGUAGUAUACAAAUAUUACCAAAGGAUACUUUUGAUAGGGUAUUAUCCUACUCUGUAAAGGCAGCUGAUAUUAUGUUGUUUUUUUCGACUGGAGAUUCUCUUAUUAAAGAGGAAAUGUCAAGUUCACAGGUACUCCGUCCCAUUACUCAAGUGUUGGAGGAAAUCCAUACUUGGGGAUCGAUUGCAAGUGAUGUUCGUGCCUUUUUGCUUCGUAUGCUAAAGGUCAUCAAGAACCUUUCAAUGGAUCAGUCGAAUCGCUCCAAACUCGACGAAGUUGGUAUCAUCCCCACUCUUAUCAAUUACCUUGGCUACCAUCAAAGUGGUAUUGAAAAGAUUAGCGAGAUUUACAAUCAAGUGUUGCACUCUCUCUACUAUCUCUUGUUGCUCGACAAGUCUCGACAAGACAAGGCACUAAAGUGCGGUAUUCUCGCACCACUCUUGUUUAUCAUUAAUGAGCGUGGUCCUCUCAAGGAGUUGGCGCUUCCCAUCCUCUUUGACUUUGUUCGUCUCACAUCGCCGGCCAGUCGUGCCCAUCUCUGGCAAUGCGACACUCUUACCAAACUCAUUACCCUCCUCGAGGAUCACAACUGGUUUGCCGACGCCAUCGAAUCGAUUGCCGCCUGGGCCCAACUCGAACCAAAACUCGUCUAUGACCGCCUCAUUCAAGACGCUGAUUGCUGCCAACAGUUAAUUGGCAUUUUGCACACUAGCCACAUCAAACAUCCCUCGUUCCCCAAGUCGCUCAUUCCUCUUUUCCAACUCAUGAAUGGAUCUCAAGCUUUGAUUGGUAAAAUGGUCUCGGUUGGCUUGAUCAACCACCUCGUAGAGUGUUUGGAAAUCGAUCAAUCGCCAGUCUCUAAAAUCACUUUGCUAAAGAUUGUUGGAGCUGUCAAAUCAGCUCAAAAUGUCUUUGAAAAAUCUCAAAGCGAUUCUCUCUAUGCUACCCUCCAAACUAUUUCAAAACAAGAUGAAUCUCAAAUUAACGAGCAACAACAGGGACAAACCCACCGAACAAAUUAA